AUGGUACAUGUUGUCCAAGGAUCCUACUGGGUCUACGCACCUACCAAAGGUGUCUCGGCUGCUUUUGCCGUCUUGUUCCUCAUCUCAGGGGGUUUGCAUGUGUGGCAAAACAACCUGAAAUUUAGGUCCUGGCGUAUCGGGUUUCUCCUCCCCUGGGCUGCCCUACUUUUCAUAGUAGGGUUCGCGCUUCGUGAGGUCGGAGCCUACCACUACAACAAUCUCGAUAUAUUCAUCUCAAGCACGGUCCUGCUCUUUCUCGCGCCUCCAGUAUAUAACGGGGCAAAUUACUUUAUCUUUGGGAGAAUAUUAUACUAUCUCCCAUACCUUUCGCCGUUACAUCCAGGUAGGGUGUGGACAACAUUCAUUGCAUUGGAUACAGUGGACGGCAUCAUUGCGGGCAACGGCGCAUCGUAUGCUGCCAACGCCGACAACAGCGAAUCCAAGAUCAAGCUCGGCCUUAUCCUUGUCAAAGUCUCAUUGUUUCUUUUGCUCGGCAUGUUCCUGGGCUUCGUAGCCCUUAUUGUUCUUUUCCACCGACGAUGUAUUGCGGCUGGUGUCUUCAACCACAAAUGCAAGGUCAUCAUUUACGAAAUGUAUGCAUCCUGCUUCUUGAUUCUCAUCCGCAACACCUUCAGGACCGCCGCAUUCUUUUAUCCGGCAACCUCACCUGCAAAUGGAGAUGAAGUACUCUUCUGGGUGUUUGAAGCUCUUCCAAUGCUAGCAAACACAUUCCUGCUGAAUAUCUAUCCACCUGCGAAAUAUCUUCCGGCCAACCACAAGAUCUACCUGGCGGUUGAUGGCAAAACCGAAAUCGAAGGACCAGGGAUGGUAGAUAAGAGACAUUUCUUGCUGACUCUGUUUGAUCCGUUCGAUCUUGCGGGGCUGGUCAGGGGCCAUGAUAAUAAGAACAAGUUCUGGGAAAAUGAUGGCGUCGCCGGCCCACAAGGAUCGAUUACUGUCAUGCAUGAUGUCCAGGCGACCAGCAAUAUUGAAGCGGACCAGACGAAAACGUUGGGUACUCAACAGCGCCAUGAUGCGACGUGUUUGUGA